AUGUUUGUUUAGUAUUGUCAGUGGGGACACGUGUACUCCUCCGACGAGGAAGAUAAGAUGAUAAAACAUUGGCACUCGUCCUCUUGCAAAAUUUUUCUGCUAUCUGGCAUUACUUUGGGGGUAAAAAGUCUCGCAGAGUUAACUCGACAUCCGGAUAUAUCGGUCGAAACUGUUCCUACGAGAAAAAUCUAGGAAUAUCCUGGGUUCACGAAUUGUACAAGUCUUCAGAGGGAAGAAAUGUCCAAGUACAUCGUCGUCGUCGGUUCCUGCAUGAUAGACUUCACCAGUUAUUCGCCAAGGCUGCCUAAACCUGGGGAAACUCUGAUUGGAACAGACUUCAGGAGGACUGUUGGAGGAAAGGGGGCAAAUCAAUGUGUCUCCGCUGCGAAACUUGGGGCAGAAACGACUAUUGUUGCAUCGUUGGGUUCUGACAUCUUCGGUAAAGAGUACUUGGAUAUCCUGAAGUCAAACGGAGUCAAUACACAACACGUGAAAGUAAGAGAGAACGUGACGAGUGGAAUUGCCCACAUAACAGUUGCUGAAAACGGAGAGAACAGCAUCGUAAUCAUUGUAGGAGCGAACGCCCUACUAAGCACCCGCGACAUCGACGAGGCGCAAGAAACAAUUAAAAAUGCCUCAGUCUUCCUCGCUCAAUUCGAAACCAAUUUAGAAACCACUUUGUACGCCUUGAACCUUUACAAAGGCUCCGGAAUUUCAAUUGUCAAUGGGGCACCAGCUGUGGCAAAUGUCGAUCCCGAGAUUCUAAAGAAUUGCGAUAUUUUUUGCGUUAAUGAGACUGAGGCAGAACUAAUGACAGGAAUCGACCAUUUAACCCUUGAAAAUGCUCAAAGUGCCUUAAAUAUUCUCUUCGAGAAGGGUUGCAAUACUGUUAUCAUAACAUUGGGUGCUUCUGGUGCGGUUUUUGCAACUAAAACAUCUCAAACGUUGACCCAUGUGCCUGUGGAGCCUGUUACUCCGGUGGACACAACGGGCGCUGGAGAUGCAUUUUUAGGGGCUCUGGGGUUCUUCCUGGCUUACCACCCUCAAUUAUCUCUCAGGGAACAGAUCCGUAGAGCUUGUCAAGUUGCCAGGCAGAGUGUGCUUAAACCAGGGACACAAUCGAGCUUCCCAACACGUCAACAAUUGCCUGAUGAACUGUUCCUCUGAGGGAACGGCAAAGUGUACUUACAAGUUCAUUCUUUUUUCUUUUAUUUUACCCCCUCCAAACACAUGAUAAUACUCUGAUGUCAUCGAAGUAAUAAUUUGAAAACAAAACUAAAAAUGAAAAUAAAAGCAAGAAUUUACUUA